AAAUUUUAUAGGAUUCCAUCCUGUAAGCCAGCCAAAAAGGAGGGGGCAUAUAGGUAGACCCACUCCAUUAAAAGCCAUCUUACAUAACGCGGCUACUAAGCUGCCCGCGCAGAGUUGACAGCGUCGUCGAAGGAAAAUCGACUCAAAACCAGCUUUUUGCUGGCUGGAGAUCGAUCGGAGAGAAAUGGAGGGAGAGAUUAGGAACGUCAUAGCCGUCUGGUUCACGGUCUUGGCGUCUCUCUGCUACUGCCAUGCCGCUGCGAAGUUCGUCGGCGGUAGCGGCGCCAGGCUCUGCGCUUUUGUACCAAUCAUCUGCCUCUUCUUGUACCUUCCGCUCGAACUCACCACCAUCCAUUUCGGAUCCACCACCGCCUUCUUCAUCUCCUGGCUCGCCAACUUCAAGCUCCUCCUCUUCGCCUUCGGAAAGGGCCCCCUUUCGUCAGACCCGCCGGUCUCUCUCCGCCAUUUCAUCCUUCUCGCUUGCCUUCCCAUCAAGCCCCAGCCCCAAAAGCCUCAAGGCAAAGAAAUUACCACCAAAAGCUGUCACAAAUCGCCUCUCGACUACGCCACCAAGAUCGGGCUCUUGCUUGUUUUUGUACAGGUAUAUAGACACAAAGAGCUUGUUCAUCCUGGGAUCUUGCCGGCGCUUUACGGCUUCCACAUCUAUUUCACGCUCGAAUUGCUGCUCGCCAUGGCGGCGGCUGUGGUCCGGGCCCUGACUCACCUAGAGCUCGAGCCACAGUUCGACGAGCCCUUCCUUUCUACCUCGCUGCAAGACUUCUGGGGAAGGAGAUGGAACCUUGUCGUCACAGGCAUCCUCCGUCCCAGCGUAUACGAUCCCGUCCGGUCGAUAUCCCGCCGAGUGGUGGGGCCAAAAUGGGCGGCGCUCUCGGCAACUCUGGCGACGUUUUUGGUGUCUGGUCUGAUGCACGAGCUGAUCUUCUACUACGCCGGGAGGCGGAAGCCGACGCUGGAAGUGACCGCCUUCUUCCUCAUCCACGGCGUCUGUCUGGCCGCCGAAAUUAACAUAAAGAAAGCUCUGAAUGGCAAAUUCAGGCUCCCUGAGAUUGUUUCGCGGCCGUUGGUGAUUUGCUUUGUCAUGGUUACGGGUUUGUGGCUCUUUCUUCCGCCCAUUUUACGGUUCGAAGCAGAUGUCAGAGCUCAGAGAGAGACUGCGGCGUUUGUGGAGUUCAUGAUGCAUGCUAUCGGAGCGUCUGGAUCCAAGUCUUACAAUCAAACAAAUUAAUUAUUACUUAGCUUUAUCAUGCUUUGGUCUCUAUCUAAUCCAAUUAUAUAGAACUAAAGCCGUAUAUAUUUUGUUUUUGUUGACUUCAAUCUUUAAUCUUUGCUCUUCCUUUUUUGCUUUAUUUUUUUCUCCGAACGAAAUAUAUGAGGUACUUAACACGA